AUCUUGUCUUCAACAACAUCUCGCAGGAUCACUUUUUACUUUGAGGUAUAUUUUGAUAUGGAUCCACCAUCAUUGUCGUAUUUUAAGUGUAUUACUGGCGUCUACAGGCAGACUCUGGUAUUAACGACUGUGAGCGAAGUUGAGUAAAAGAAGCCAAAUUCCGCAAGUCUGUAUUUGUUUAAUUAUAUCAAACUCGAACUUUAACUACCUGCAGAGGAUUUAGACAACGUUCCUCAAAAAUGAUGAUUAAUUGCACAUUUUCAUGCAGGAGUUUGAACGUGAGCCUCAUAGCUGUAUUGGAGUGUUAAUCGUGCCAAUGUGCUCUCUCAUACCGUUUGUUGCGUUGCCCCUGGUGACGCGUCUGUAUCCACCUUGUGCCCGCCCAUGACGCUGUGCUCCGUCUGUGAUUGGCUGUUCGAUACUAGCCUGCUCCUUUGACUGGCUAGGCUAACUGUCCUUACUUUGCAUGGUAUAUUAAGCUGAUUGCAUUAACGGAUCAGAUUUAAACUACAGUCCAACAAUAUAGUUGAGACACAAAGUUAAUGCAAUUUUUUCCGAAUAACACCGACUGUUUUUGCAGUCAGCCACUUCAGCUAAGAUAAACGGAGGCGGUACAAUUUCGACAGAUCCUGGGUUUUUACAGGGAACGAAAACAGGCGAUUUCUGCAAUGUCUUCAGACGAAGACAGGGCCAAGGAAAUUUUAAGGGGCUUCAAACUGUAUCCUUUUACGCUGAUGUGACUGAGGUUUUGUGGAUGUUUUGUAAUGGUUCCACAUAACGAAUGAGAUUCUCUCUAUGUACAGACCAUCAGCUGUCUUUAGCAACAUGGUAGUAUCGUUUUGUUACAGUGUACGGCGGUACCGCAAGAUUAGCAGCUGACAAACCUUACACCCUCACACCUUUCAGUUGUCGACGGCAGCAAAGUAACUCAGGUUCGUCUUGAUUUUGCCUGAAAAUGAAAUGGCCGUGUUGUUUAUAGCAAAGCUAACUUACCUCCCAGCGAGCUAAAUGUGUGGCGGCUAAGCCCGGUGGCUAACGCGCCUGCUAACUGAUCAAUGUGUUUGUGGGUGCAGCAGCAGCAGAUGUAACUAACGGUUAUUCUCCGCAUCUUAAUAUAACUAUCACUGAAACACUGCUGAUAUAUAGGUUAGUCUAUGGAGCACAUAUCCUAGAUGUUACCUGCGUUGAAUAGGCGUGGAUAACUUUCUUGCAUAAUAUCUCUGCUCCCAGACUUCUUUAUCUCAGGUGGGACCAUUAGAGGUGACAGCAAACAGUUUUAUCCAUUAGACAGAGCUACAAUGUUGUUUUGCAAAGUUGUAUUUGUGGUUUGUAUUCAUUAGACAGCACGUGUUGUUGUUAUGGGCAGAGUUGUGUCUUCGCUGUUUGGAAAGAGAGAUUACACUAUUUGAAAGAGCCGUUCUGUGGAGUUUAUAACAACUGCACAGAAUUUUUUAAUUAUGUAAAAUGGUCAGUGACAAAUAUGGGUUUGCAUCAUGAGUAAUUAAAAAAUGUUUUAAUAAAUUGUUUUAAAGGUUUGCAUUAAGUUUGCAAAGAUGUAUAUAUUUUAUUUUUAUCUGUUGGUUUCAUAUAAUUUCAAAUGGCAUUUAAACCUUUUUUUUUUUUACAAAAUAAAUGAUGGAUUUCCCUUGAAAAUGUCUAGUGGUGUAACCACAACAAAAGGGGAAAUAUUUAAUACUCUUUUCCACCUAUAGUGUAUGCAGGUGUACUUAUACAAAAAGUUACUUAAUCAUAAUAUAUCAGUUGAAAAUACAAUUUGUUAGGAUUUUUUUUUACAGAAAAAUUGGAUGCAUUUUUGCAAUAUAGAGCAGGAGAAAUGCUGAAAAAGGCUGGCAUUUUCUAAAUAACAUUUGACAAAUCAUGUAGAAACUGUUAAGAUAUAUGUUGGUGCAUUGCAGUAAAGGGGUAAAUUCCAUUCCCCAUGCAUUUUCUCAAAUAUAAUUUUUUCUUUAAAUGAAAAAUACUGAUUGAACUAAUUGAAACAAACCAGUUUCGUGAGUUUUUAUGGUUACACCAUAUUGACAUUUUUCCCAUUAUUCCCUGAAUAUUCUCUCAAAAUGGAUAAAAUCUGGAAAUUUUAGACAAGGUCUUCAAAAAGAGAAUGUAUCCAAGUAAUUGGUGAGUGUAUUUUUGAAUUUUAGCCUUCUUAAAUUUAAGUAAACCAUGGGAACAUAUAGAAAAACUGUCACAGAUCGAUAGAUAGAUUUCUCCUUUUUUUUUGUACCAUUCAACAAUGCGGGCUAUGGGGAUCAUACUUGCCCUGUUGCACUAGUGUGGCAUACAUCUGUUUUACAGUGUUGUUGUCUUGUUGAGUUUCUUUCCCUUUAAUACUCCCACAAAUGUUGUCUUGCACUUACUGUAAUCGAAAUUCGCUUUUCUAGUUUGUCUCUAUUUAUAGAUUGACUUAAGAUAUAUAUCACUAAAGGGGAGGAUAGGUAAUCAGAGGUUUGGUUGUCUUUGUUGUAUGAAGCUGUUGUUGUAGUCCUGCUGUCUGGACGAAGAACACUCAGACUCAAAGAUGAUCCAUUUCAUCUCAGGUGGACGUCCUUUUUCACUGUCUCUCAUAUGUCUCCAGACUGAUAUUCACUUCAACUUGAACCCUUGCCAAAUGGGUUAUUAUUGUCACGGCGUUUGUGUUUACAUACAACACUGCAGGCUAAAUGUCCCUCCAUUUACAUUGAUGACCACAUUCUCACUUCCAAGUUCUUUUUAUUUAACUCUGUGGUAAUCAAAAAUAAUGUAAUUACAACCGUUAAUAUUUACAAAGAUAUAGGUUCAAGUGUCUGUGUCCUGGUCGGGGCUCAUGCUCUCUUCAUGGUAAAACUUAAAUCCAUGAUUUAGUGGAAAAAGGAUUGACUACCUUCUGUUCAUAAAACUGCUUUACUAAAGCUAGAAACCAAAACUCUAAUGUUCUUUUCUUAACAGUAACUGUAACUCAUCUUUAGUUCCCAGUCAUUUUAAGAAAGAUACAUUGGGAAAAUGUACGUCAUUUUUGGAAUGGAAAUGUAAUUGUUUCCUUAAAACAGCACAGGUAACAUGGAGCCAUACUCCAUACUACGUAGUUACUGGUUGCUUUUACGGUAACAAUAGCAUUUCUCUAAAAUCCCCAGAGAACCUUCACUUAGAAAGGUACCUAACUGUUAUCUAAAUUCUAAUUUAAGUUUUACCUUGGGGACUUAAUGUUUGUUUGACCCUUUAAGCGUGAAUCUAUUUGAAGAGGAUCAGUUAAGUGGAUAAAUAAAAAAACAACAAUAAUAACACAGUCUUUAAAACUAUCUAAGACAAAAUGUUGCUCAGAAGUUGAAGUUGGGAAGUGAGUGAAUAGAAAACCUGUCCACACCUGGGUAAGGUGUGUUAGGGUGUUCUUAUUGAAUUGUGGGCUGGUUGUAAACUACCUUUACUUUGAGCCAUUAAAGCGUCUUUAAAAAGAAAUGCAGACUAAACAGUGACAGCAUCAUUUCACAUGGGGCUCAUUAACUGGUGUGUGUCUUCUGACAGAUUUGUACAUGCACCCAGGGGGUUUAUACACACACAGCCUGCAGCUGGCCCCGAGUAAGCUAUAAUACAGCUUUGUUUAAACCAAACAAGAACUAAAUAAACAAGAUUUUUGUUUGUUUGUUUGGUUUCAGGAAGAAUAAAAGAAAAGGGCACAUAUCAGAUGUGAAUAUUUAAUAAGCUGUUUCUUAUUAAAUAGCUGAAGCCCUUUCUCUUUUAUAUGAUUUUAAACCAGCUGCCAUGAGCACAACGCUUGUGAUCAGAUCACAAGUGGUUUCUUAAAAUUACAGGUGUGAAUGAACCCAAGAACACCAAGAAAGCUUUGUUCUCAGGACACGUUUUAGAGGUCGGGGACAUUUAUACUUUUCACAGUAAGAUCAUAAAUGGUUCUUGGACCACUUUAAUGCGCUGCCUAGAAUCCUUAACCAGGAAGAAAGUGACAGACUGUUUUCCUUUUGCACGCCUCUUCCUUAUUAAACCCUUCUACUUUAAUUUUUUUCUCCAUGUCAUUCCCUGUGUCUGAAACGUCAGAUAUCUAUUAGCGUCAGGGUUUCCACAGAGGAUGGAAAACUCCGGUCCUUUGUCAGUGAGUCAGGAGCAGUCUUUUUUUAAGACUGGAUGAUUCUUCAUGAGACAAGGGUAGAGGACAGCUGAGUGGACGAGGUUGCAGUUGGGAGAUGUGAUUAACAUCCACUUCAUUUUCACAUGGAUUUGAGGAAUGUGGCACAAUCAGGAUACAGAUUUAGCAAAUGUAUAAUGCGAUCUAGCUGUCUGCAUGUUGUCAUGAAUUACAGAGACUUCAGUCUUGAGUGGUGUUAAUUUAUUUAUCCGUUAAAUCAAACAGCUUUUAAGUGAAACAGGCUUUAUUUUCCAAGAGUUUCUAGGCGUCAUAUCAACACUUCCUUUCAUAUUUAGAAGCCGGUAGUCUAUCACUUAUCCACAUGACCUUUCUCAGGGUCUCUCUACCUCUCGUCUGUGUCACACUUUUUCAGUUGAAGGUUUCUUAACUGAAAUUGAUGUACAUGUGCACCUACUGUAGAGAAAUAAGAUCUGAAAUUCAGUCCCAGAUGUAAAUUCAUGUGCAUAGAGCUCUUCACUUGUGAUUGAUUAAUCAAAGAGGCAUGUUUGUUUUUUUUCCUAUUCUGAUUCCACAUCUUCUGUAACAAGCGCUCAUACACGCCCACCACCAUGCAAUCUCGCCUUUGUUAUCUUGACCAUGAGUGCUAUUGAAGCUAAUGUCAUUUUUCUGUUAAAGCAGCAUGAUCUGUUGGAAGAGAAUCCACGAGAAAUACAUUGCAUUGUGGCCUGGAUUAUUCUGGAAGGUGUGGAGGAUGAUGGGGUUUAUGUUGGAGGUUGGAAUUAGUUAGACUUGAGAGGAUUAGAGAAACCGUUCCCCUCAGCACACUUUACUAGAAAACCAGCGGGAGAGGUUGGGCAUUUGUUGAAUGACAAUAUUAUCCGUGGAAACUGUUUAAAUAUUACGGGCAAAAGUUAUAUAUUAAUUUCACAUUCCUUAUUUUUAAUGUUAGCCAAUUAGAAACCUAAUGUACAUUUAGUAUUUUCUAUUAUUCUUCCAAACAGGAUGCAUUGACACUGAUUGAUUGAUUAGAUCAGGAGCUGUAGAUUGUUUUAGAGAGAGGCAUCUUGGUCGUGAUGAUGGCUGGAUGAUGACCUUAAAAAAUAUAAAAUGAACUUCACCAGGCGCAGGUUUUCAUUCCCUCUCUUUCUCUUUUAUAAUUUACCUUUUUCAAGAUUUCUGCAACAACAUCCUGAUUAGCUGAAUGACUUAUAAACACUUUCAUCUGACUUAGGGUACAAUGUUUAUAGUUCAGUAAGUUUUCAGUUUGCUUUAGUGGUGGUUAUGUAGUCCCUCUAUUCACUCUUUGGAUAUGUGUGCCCAUAAUGCAUAUCAGAGUCCUGAAGCCUUUGUAGUCGUGUGUUCUAAGGCUGUUGAUGGUGGAUGUGAGGUGGGCUGAAGAGCUCCACAGAUGGUGGGGAGCCAAGUGUGUGUGACACUAAGUAGUAUCUGACUCUGACAGGAUACAGAGUUCAGAAUCUUUAGAGCAGAGGUCUGUGGAAUGACGGUUCUUAGCCAUGAGGCGGAUAUCCCCAGACUAAAGUUCACUCUCAUCUUCAGAGUUUUUCUUUAUGUUAUAUUUAUGAAUGUUUUAUCAUUGUUGAUUGCAUGUAGUCAAUUAAAAUAACAAUAGCUCAGUGCUUAGUGUUAUUGAGCACAAGCUGCUCAAGGCUCUGAGGAUCAACCUCAUAUUAGGAAUAUCCAGGUAGCCAAAACACCAUACAAGUGUUUCAGUCCAUAUCAUCUUUGCACUGAUAUGUUGCCUUUUUUACGGUUCUGAAUAUGUUUUUUUAAUUACACUCCAUACAAACAAAAGUCAGAAAUCCAAGCUGGAGUAGCCUAAAGUUGUUCCCAGGCUCUAACUCCAUCUGAUGGACUUGAACAAGUUUUGUAGCUCGUGUUGAGAAAGAUAAAGAAAGAUUAAGAUGCAUUUGUGCCCCAACAGAAUUUCCAUAAGUGCUGCCUCACAUAUGGUGUUAUAUGUUCUAGUGUCAAAUCAUUGUGAGGAUUGAUGCAGUAAAAAGCUACAACCUACAGGAGAACCUCAGGUUAGGUCCUUACAGGCGCUGUGAUGGACAGUGGUAUUGUGUUUAUGGUGAAUGCAGAGGUCAGAUACAGCUGACUCGAUGACAGACUGAUGGGACAGCUUGCAGCAAGUAUCUGCUACAUAAAAGCUUUUGUGGAUUUCUCUAUUUACUCGCCCAAAGAUUUCUUUAAUUCGCCACUAAACUAGAGAUUAUUUCUUGGUCAUACUUUGAUUAAUCACAACACAUAAAGCGUGUUUCUGAAUAUGCCAAAAAUAGUCUCAAGGUUGGUGUUUGAAAGGCUGCAGUUUAGCUAAAUCAGACUCUAGCUACAUAUCAUGUAGAUAUCAUGUGGUAAAAAGAAUGGACAAAUAAUGGAAAAAAAUAAGUUUGAAUUUAUCAGUAAGUAUAAAGUAAAAUUUAGAUGAACUGUGCUUGCAAUAUCAAAAUACUUUAGAUAUUUACGACUGUGUUCUCCAGCUAACCUAACCUGUUGACAGGGAAUGUUUUUGCAUUGAGGACAAAGGAUAAAAGUAACUCUGCGCUUUUGAGCAUUUUGUUCAGUUUGAAGUCAGUCCUAACAUUAUCCUGUACUAUACAAAACUGGGGAUGAGGUUUCUAAAGUAGGGUUGACAAGUGCAAUCACAAAUCCAGUUUAUAUGAAGCGGUGGUGAUAGGGGAUAUUUAAUCCAGAACUGGCUUGUUUAGUUGUUUGAGUUUGUAUAUUCAGACAUACUGUCAUAGCUUAAAACUAAAAAGUGCCUUUUUGAGAGCCCAUGUAUAAUCUUAUUGAUCUAAACAAAAUGCAAAAAAGAAAAAAAAACAAUCCUUUAUUUUAAUCUUUUUAUCUGUUAAUGUUCGGAAUUUACUCAUUCUGUAGCUUGGUUUGAGUUGCUUAACUUUGUCCUGUCAGAAACUGGAUGAAUCUUCGAGAUGCAGAGACAGGCAAAGUCCUGUGGCAGGGGACUGAGGACCUCUCUGUACCUGGUGUUGAACAUGAAGGUACAUUCACUCACAAAUCUUCAAUUUGGACACACUUCACAUUUUAUUUUUAGUGUUUUGUGCAUGUUUUUACCCAUCAUUUCUUACAGUUAGAUAACAUGCUCAUUAAUAUCUGUGAAGACAAUCUGAGAAACUCUACAUAAGUAUGGAGGCUCUUAAACAAGCUUAUCUGAGAGUAUUUAGCUCCAAUUAUUGAGAAGUGAAAACUAAGAUGAAUGUUGUGGUUCUAAACAGUUUUGUUAAAACCUGACCUGGUUACUCCUCCUGGUUUACACUGAAGUACUGUUUUACUUUAAAACUGUAUAUUUAUAAGGUUUGUAGACAAAAACACAUUUGUUGAAAAAUGCAAAUUGGCAUCUGAGUGCCAGUUUUAACUUAAAGGGGCGGCUGUGGCUCAGUUAGUACAGUCUGUCAUCUCUCAACUGUAAGGUCAGGGUCCGAUCCCAGUUCCUGCUGUCAACAUGAAGUGUCCUUGGGCAAGACACUUGACCCCACCCGCCCCCACUGGCUGCACCCAGGUGGCUUGUGCAUGGGAUUAGUCAAAACUGAUGGGGGCUUUACACAGCAGCCUCUGCUAUCAGUAUAUGACUGUGGUGUGAAUAGGCAAAGGCCAGAAGACUAGAGAAAGCACUAUAGAAACAUAGUCCAUCUACUAUAUAGCUUAAUUGUGCUUUCUCAUGGUUUCUCCAGCUCGUGUCCCGAAGAAGAUCCUGAAGUGUAAAGCAGUCUCUAGAGAAUUGAACUUUUCCUCUUCAGAGAAACUGGAGAAGUUCAGACUGGAGCAGAAAGUUUUCUUCAAGGGACAGUGUCUAGAAGGUAAUUGGCAUAACUGUAGCCUUGUUUGUUCUUCCCUGCAACAUCCCACUGCAUAAACUAUUUAUGACUCUAAAAGCAUUAAAGCAUGUUUAUUUGUUUAUUUUAUUUUAUUGUUUUUUAUUAUUAUUGUUUAUUUUGCAUAUCGGGGAUCCCCCUUACCUUAAGCAUCAGCUGUAAGCUAUCCUUCCUGGAAUCCACAGUUUACAUUGUGAAAAUACAAUUUAUACAAUCAGAAAUCAAAGUACACAAACAUAAGACAAUACAUCACAUUACACCAACAGAACAGACAUUUCAACAAUUACAACUGACUCAAACAAAGUCAAAGACGACAGACAUUACAAAGUAAGUUGAGGUAAAUAUAAAUUUGGGCGAAAGUUAAACAGCUGUAUAAUCUGCAGUUAAAUUUUGCUCCUUGUGGUUUGUCAGGGGGUCAUAAUGUCAAGCAUUGUUGUCAAGAUUUUUUCUACAGGGCUGCAGAGAGAUUUCUACAGAGGCAUGGCUUAUCUUAUGUUGAAAUCUGUGCCACUUAUUAAAUACAGCAGACUUUUUCAGAUCAGAAGGCUGCCAAAGGCUAAAUGUGUUUCACUAUACAGAAGCUUUUUGCUCUGAUUGGUAAUAUUAUAAAGCAAAACAGAAGAUGACAGGCAUCUCACUGACCUGGGAUCUUUUGUUGGUUAAAUCAGUGUUACCAUCAGUUGCUGUUUCUCUGCUGCUCAGAAGCAAACUCAAAAACAGGCAUUUUGAUCUAGUUAUGUAGCCACGUUUAAAGACACACUUUAGGUUCUUGAUUCGGUUCCAUACAUCCGCUGUAAGCUUAGAUAAGCUUGUUUAAGCCUUGUGGCCAAGCUAGUCAUAUCCAGUGAUAUAAGGCGGACUGUUUACCUAAAGACUAUUAUAAAAAAAGAGAACUUUAACUCAUCCCUUUGCCUCUAACUCAACCACUGUAUCCUGUCUAUGCCUCUGACUUACUCCUUUCUGCACUCUAGCUACUGAAUAAUACCUGACCUAAUACCUACUUUUACCUGAAUUCAAAAUAUCUUCACCUAAGAAGAUCUAAUAGGUCAGGGGCCUAUUAGGAACACCAAUUUAAUUUCAGAUGUCCUCAAGUCUGUCUUUCCUUAACGUGAAAAGCCAUAAAUUGUCAAACCAAGGUGUUGAGAACUGCAAAGUCUGUUACUUUUAAUAACAAAAGCUUCCAUGUUUCUUGUAGUUAAUUUAGUUUACUCCGUUAUUUUUGAAUGUACAACAUAUUAUUGGAAAGCUAUUGUUACUGUGGGUUUAGAGUGGUAUCCCUGGGGCCCUGCAGUGCAGAGAGCCCCAGGAGUCAACAUACAAUCCACACCAACACAACAUGUUUAUGUUGGUGGUUUCCACCAGAGAAGGAGAAGUCUCUGAAACUCAUAAUAUAUUAACCUUACACUCUGAAAAGGCCAGGAUUUUGAUGACCGACCUUAAACGGUUUUGUUUACACAGCUCUGAACUCUGUCUGUCUUUGCCUUCCUGUCUAGAAUGGUUCUUUGAGUUUGGUUUCGUUAUCCCAAACUCUACCAACACAUGGCAGUCUCUGAUAGAAGCAGCCCCAGAGUCCCAGAUGAUGCCAGCCAAUGUUUUAACGUGAGUGUCCUACCAGAUCAUACUAACUCUUCCCUUCUGUGUUUCUGUACUGAGGAUCUAGUGUUAAUAUUUUCUUUUCUCUAUGUUUAAUUUUCACACACUACUGAUUAGAUCGUACUAAAACCUUUAACUUCCUCAUAGCAGCAUACCUUAAAAAUAAAACAAGUGUUAUGUGUAAAACCUUGAGUCCAUACGAGCUGGGGCAGUGUGCAGGGUGUUGAUAAAAACAGAAUUUGAUGGUUUGCAAAUAGUUUAGAGCAGUGGUUCUCAAGUCCAGUCCUCGAGGCCCACUGUCCUGCAUGUUUUGGAUGUUUCCCUGCUCCAACACACCUGAUUCAAAUGAUCAGCUCGUUAUUAAGCCAUUACAGAGCUUGAUAACGAGCUGAUCAUUUGAAUCAGGUGUGUUGGAGCAGGCAAACAUCCAAAACAUGCAGGACAGUGGGACUCAAGGACUGGACUUGAAGAACCACUGGUUUAGAGCAUAUGUUUAAUUAAUUGUUUUAUGAAAAUUAUGUGCUGAUUUCAAAUGUGAUGCCAAUGAUGCACUUAGAUAUCAUUCAGACAUAAACAUGUUUAUUAUCAUGUUGCUUCAUUUUUGUUUUUGGAGUUAAAUGUUGUCCCAUUCUUCCUUGGCAUGGCUUUUUUUUUUGUCAUAAUGUGCCAAAUGUUUUCAGACAGUGACAAGUCAGGACUGCAGGCAGCCAUGCUGGUAGUCUUGAUUAAAUGGGUUAAGACCCAGAGAAUAAAAGGCAAUUCUGGAUCAAGUGAAUAUAUGGAUUCCUCAUGGUAAAGUUUUAACUUCAUUGUGGAUGCAGUGACAAACUGUGUUCCUUAGACAAUCACUUUGUGAAGGGGUUUUAUAUCCAAGUGGGGUUUUCCACAGGAGAAUAAUGUCUCUUUUUAAUGCAGUGCAGACUGUGGGCCCACAGAUCAGUCCUCCAGGAUCAGUUAUUAGCCUCGUCCCUUUUGUCCAGAUUUCUCUACUCUAAUUCUUUCAGUGAUAUUUUGUACCGUCAUUGAUGGAGUCCUUAAAUCAUUUGAAAUUUCAAGCGCUGCGACAUUGUUCUGGAAUUGCUGCUGCUAUUUCCUCACCCAGACUCGUGUGGAGAACUCCUCAUUAUUACCUCUGAGAGACUCUGCCUCCUGUAGCAUCUUUUCUUUGACCCCAUCAUGUUACUAACCUGUUGCAGAAAAUUGUUGUUAAUUGGGAGAUGUCCCUUCAGGUGUUUUAUUUAGUAUUACUCUGUUUUUUCAGUGUUGCGUCUGUUCUGACUGUUUGGAAAUAUGUUGCAGAAAAAUUUAGAAUGAGCAGAAUUUUCAUUAAACAUUAAAGAUGUUCAGUUUCUAUAUUUAAUUUGCUGUUUUUGUGAUGGUUUUAAUUAAACAUGGGGUUUAAAAUAUUUGCAAACCACCAAAUUUUAUUUCCAUUCAUGCACCUGUGGGAACUUCAUAUCUCAUCCUGCUGAUGGUCAAACACAUCAUUUAGUGUCAGUGCUUUAUGCAGAAAUCAUAAGAACAGGGCUUUUUCUUCAGCUGGUUUACUGACAAUUACCCCCACCCACCAGUUUCAGGAACUAAAAUUAGAAUAUACAAAUUGUUAAUCCUGCCCCUUCUGGUCUUGUUUCCUUUUGGAUAUAAGAAAGAAGCAUCAGGAAAAAUUUCCUUGUAUCUCAUUAACAUAAAAAACGCCUCAUAGCAGCUCUAAAAUCUUCAACAGUGUUUCAGCUGUUAAAAAGUUGGAGUCAUAUACCAAAGUCUCACUUUAUUGGGUAAGACAUAUUCAUCUUAAAAUCAUAUUAUAGUGCUCCCCAGAUGUACCAACGCUAACUGAUUAUGAUCAAUGAUGGCAUGAAGGCAUCAUCAUUGAGAAAUCAUUGGAAAAUGUGAAAAUUAUACAUACCUUUUUAAGUAAAAUUUUAAUUUAUAAAUAUUUGGGUUGCAUUAUCAACAUUUAUCCUCCUAUUAUCAUAUUUGAAAAACUAAUUGACAAAGCUGAGAUCUGGGCCUGUCAUGGUCACAGCAAAGUCUAUCAGGUGGAGAAACACAAAAUCUGAGUCAGGAACAUUUUCAAAAUUGAAUAACUUUCAAUACAAGUAAUUUAUUUUUACUUUGUGUUGAUUUUUAAUGAGACUAGUUGAAAUAUGUAAAUGUGUUGUAAUGUUAUAUAAUGUGUAUAACGACAGUUGUGAAAUAUUUGAUGUCUGAGUGAAAAAUUAACUGUUGUCUUUGUUCCAGUGGUAAUGUGAUCAUAGAGACCAAGUUCUACGACGAUGACCUCCACGUCAGUACCUCCAGAGUACGACUUUUCUAUGUCUGAACUCUAAGCCCUGAUUCUACUUUUCAAAAUGCUGACAUCCUGCCAAGGUCUAAAAAUUAUCAAGGUUAAAUACAAUUUGGAAACAGUAAACAGCUCAUUGCUGCUUUGGAAUCAGCACACUUGGGGAAAAACCAUGGUCCUCCAGUCAGUGAAGUGGACUCUAUAUUUGUUUCAUCUCCUGUUUUUACCUGACUUAGGCCUUGGGGCGGGGGGAGAGGGACUUGAAGGGAGGUUGCUAAUUUUUUUUGCUGUUCAAAGAUCAUCUCUCCCUGUACAAUUUCACCUCCAGACUGUUCCAUUGAAAAUAUAUCACCACUGACCGUAUGCUAGCCAAGGAGCCACCCUGGCAUGAGAUGAUUCCUGCUUCUCAAAUAUUCUGCCCUUUGCACUCCAAGUUUGUAUUUACUCAGGAACAGACCAUCGGACGUUGUCUGAUUUUAAGUUCUUUUUUGUUUUCGUCCAAACGUGGAGGCACUGCUCUCUCUAUGAUGUCUGUUAAAAACUCAAAAGUCAGUGUCGGUGGAAGAUGCGGCUCAGUGUCUCUACUGAGGUGCAUUGUAAAGAUCUUUAUCAUUAACUUUACAUUUCCUCUUGCAGUGUCCCAUCAUAGAGGCUGUCUAGAUGUAUCCAGGUUUCUGAAGUUUUUUUUUUUUUUUUCAUCUUAUGGUUAAUUGAGGUUGUCCAUUUCCAAAGAUGGUUUUGAUUUACACUCACAGAAAUAGUCUUUGAUCACAGUUCUCAUUUUCUCGCCAGUUUUAUUCCUGACUGUAAAUCCAGCUAGUUGUUCUGUAUUGGGUGAAAAUGGAGGUGAAACAGAUGAAUUCUGACACAUCUGUCAGACAAGGACUGCCUGAAUGCAGAGCUAUUGGUGGUCUCUGUGAGGCUAAAUAUCGGAGCUGCUGAUCUGGCUUUCGUCCUUUUUAGACACACUUUUGCAGACAAUGUUUGAAGUGGGACACACUGAACACCACCCUUAACCUCUAAUGUUAUCAAACUGUGUGACUAGUGUAGAACGGUGGUUAUCAGGUUAGUAUGAGCGUGGUCAAAGUUGCUGUUUUUAUUCUGGCUGACCACAGUAAGAAUCACUUUAACUAGAGUUCUUCCUGUCUGUAUUGUUUGGAAAGAAAACCUGCACACUGUUGACUCAAGUUUGAAAGCACUGUUUUGAGGGCCAUUUAUCAGCAAACGGGAUAUGUGUUUGUCAUAUUUAUGUACUUAAUUUUGAAGAGUUAUACUUCAAACAUUCAACUUUCAGCUACAUCAUUUUAAUAUAGGGUGUAGACAAAGAUGUUUGUAAUUAAUUUUCUGUAGUUACAAUGUUGUCAGAAUUACCCUAACUAGGCACAGAUGUUAACAGCUGUGUAAGGUAUUCAGUUAGUUUCACUUUGUACAUCCUGCUUACAUUUUUAAAUUGAGGUCCUAUCUACUUCCCCGUGCUCAUGUCAAUGUUUGUUUGUCUUAGAUGCUUACUUAGCUGUUGAAAAUAGACUUGUGUUUUAAUAUAACUGAAAAUGUGGAUUAAAGUCAUUUAAUGGUCUAAUAAAACAGUGAGUGAGUGUGUG